AUGACGAAAAAAGAAAAGCUAGUAAUAAAUUCAGCAUGUUUGGCCAAGGCCCAACUUGACAAAGCAAUCGGUGAGCAAACGGCGAGAAAGGUUAAUGCAAAAGAAAAUGUUGAUUUCCAUGAUGAUGACGAGGAGACAGAAGAUCAUGACGACGACGAUGACGAUGAUAGUGACCAUGCAGACGAUGAAGAUGAUGAUUACAACAUUGGCAGUGAUAACAAAGAUUGUGAUGGCAGUAGCGAAGACUAUGAUGUAGUUCUCCAAGAAAUUGGUAGUUCAUGCAGCGAAGACGAUACUGAAGACGAAAGGGUGAAUGAUGAUAUAGAAGUUGUCAGGGACGCCGGAACGAUCAUAAGGCAAAGGGGGGCGGACCCACAGCAAGGGCACUUCUCUAAAGCAAAACUUCAAAAUCUUCCGAAAUAUUUUUUUUUAUCAAAAAAUAUCGGCGAACCCCCACCCACCCCACCCCCCCCCGUCGCCAAAAAAAUUUCGGUCAGUGUACCAUUUUAGGGGUCAAAAAUUUUUUCAGGACAUACCAUAAGUGAAAUAUAAACUGUAAAUUGUCUGAAUCUCAUCAUUUUCGGACAAAAACCAUUGUUCAAAAUGUGAUUUAUCACGUAUUUUUUUAAAACUAAAAGGGCACUUCUGCCCCCCCUGCCCCCCUAGCAAAAGGCAGGGGGGGGCAGCCGCCCCCCCUGCCCCCCCAGUUCCGGCGUCCCUGGAAGUUGUUCAAGAGUUGGGCGGCGUGUUAUAAUAUUUCAAUGAAUCUCGGAGAUUUUUCGGGGAUUCUGACUAAACUAGUAAAGAAUCGUGGUAAGCCAAUGCUGCCAACGUACGCGCACCUAUCUACAUUACCGUACAGUACAUUAUCUAUAUGACGGGGGGGGGGGUCACUAAGAUUUCUGCUCUAAUCUAGGGGUGGGCCACCUCAAUUUAUUGUCACAAUUUGGGGGUGGGUCACUGUAAACCAGUCUUUAAAAAAUCACUUCAUAGGCCCCUCUACUUUAUGACCGGACCCUAAAACAAAGUAAUUUUGAGAGGAACGCCAAAAAGAUUUUAGGUUUUCAACACUUUUCAUUGCAAAUACGUGACAUUGAAAAAAGUUGCCUCUUAAUAAUAAUUGAACCAUGCAUUGAGUCCAAACCGUGAAAUUUUAUCUAAUUUGACAGAUUUUGCUGAGGGUUUUGGGAAAUUAUAAUUGCAAAUUUUGAAAUUACGAUUUACAAUGUUAUUAAUUAAACCGGCUGUAAACUCUAAUCUCCUAGCGACGAAUGUUGAUUAUGCCGACGGUCUUCACAACUUCCGCCGUCAAUUACCUGAAUUUAUAACAAAGUGGUUGUCCCGUUCGGGAAUAUUUUAUUCAAAGAAAUCAAACUUUGGAUUGUUUAAAUCACUUUCGUUUUAUAGUGUUUUUCAGUUUACAUGUGAGUAAAACAGUGUGACUGAUUUUGCUUCAGAUUGUAACACGAGUACUACAUUUUUGGUUUGUAUGACAUACGAUACGGAAUCGCAUGAGCAGAUUGAACUGUUCUUCGCGGAAAGUUGCUAAUGCUGGGAAAAAGUGCGGGCGCUACACGAAAGUAUUUUGAAUAGUGACAAUUAUUGAAUCAAUUUGAUAGCUACAAUGUAGUUUAUUAAAUUCAAACGAAGUGAAAAUGAAGUCCGUAUUUAUCGUGCUAUGUUUGUGUAUAUUUACCGUUCAGCUCGUUCACUACACAGGUAUGUGCAAAGAUUUUUCUCUCUAUGUAAUAUUAAAGUUACAUUAGAUUUCGAAUAACUGAAUUAUUCUCUUGUUCAUUUCAGUUGCUGCGUGUGAUUGUUCUACAGAAUGUUCCGUAUGUAGUAACUGUACGGCGGGAACGUACUGGUCGAAUGGCGCCGGCUGCUUGCAAUGUCCUACGGGUUACUAGUGAGUAAUAAUUAAUAACUGGUUAAACUUUGAAGUUUGCUGUUGAGUGGAAAACAUCAGUAUUUAGUCUUUUAAUUUUUGUUUAAUAAAUUGUAAAUUAAAACCAAUUGUUGUCAAGAAAAUGACGUUGGUUGCAAACAUUAGGCAAAAUUGGUGAUAUUACAAUAUAAAACCAUUUUAAAACCACCACACAGACAGAUCAUCAGUGAAGAAUAAUUCCACAAACAAGCUUUUCCUCUUGACAGUUGGAUACUGUAUUUAGAUGGACAAUUAUUUAUCAGGCAGUAUACUUGAUGGAUUACGUGUGAUCCUUCGGGUAUCCCUGUUUGUCGCUGGCAACACUGGAACCCCACAUUCACAAAUUUAUGAGACAAACUAUUGUUUCUUUUGCAUUGUGAUCAUUGUAUCUAGUCACUCUCCUCCGUAGAGGUUUUGUAGUUUGUUUUCUUUCUAUGAGUUUGUUUUCUUUCUAUAAGUUUGGAUUGUGGGCAGUUGUGGGCUAGGCAGAGAAGUGGGCGCGUGGGGUCCCGGCGAGCUUGGUACUGUGAUUCCCUAUUAUCUCCAAAUGUCCAUGGUGCCCCCUUUUAACCCUGUGCGCUUGCUUCUAGCCUGCCGCAAGCUCCUGUUAAAGAAAACAAACCACAAAUUCUCCAACUAACAAACAGUACAAAGCCUCUGCGGAGGAGAGUAGUAUCUAGUAGAAAUUGGGCCAAUCUGCACAUUGUGUCUAGCUAGUGUAAAAUGUAUUGUGACUAUUGUCCAAAUAGUUUGGUGAGAGUUGAAAAAAAAAAUGUAAUGAUUGUGGUAUAUGUACUGAAGGUGAAGUUAUAUUUUGAGAUUAUAAGCUGAAAAUUUUGCUUCUCUGUUGUGGGCAUCGAACCUGUGACCUUUGGUUGGCUAUUCCACUGUGGUCAAGCAAAAUUUGCAGCAUUCCCAGUAUGGACACAUUCAGAAAGCAUCAACUCAAAAUAUAACUUCAACAGAGUACAUACACCACAAUCAUUACAUUCAUGAUCAUAAGACAUAUAGUUUUACAUAUAUCAACAGAACUAGGCUGAAUUCCAAAAUAUCACCCAUGCCAACCGACUUGACCUUGUAGCUCUGUUGGUAGAGCAUUGGACCAGAAAACCGGUCCGACCAAAGGUUACAGGUUCAAUUCUCACCAUGGUCAAUCAAAAUUUUCAGAACAUUUAAAACAUAGGAAGAUAUAACAUUUCCUAAUCAAGAAAUCAAAAUAUAAUGCACAUGCUUGUACUGGUCAGAAUUUUCCCAAGGGGGCCCAAUAUUUUGCCAGGGGGGGGGGCUCUGGCUAAAAUCCAAUGAGAGAUAAGGGAGCAUUCAUUUUUUAGCUGGGGGUGUGGGCCGGAGGAAUUUGGGGGUGGGUCAGCCAAUUUUGACAUGCUUCAAAGGGGUGGGUCUUUUUAUAGUUUUGGUAUAAAUGGAGGGGGUCAUAAAAAUAAUCAGUGAAAAAGUCACCAAUAUAAUUUUAUAGAAUUUGGAAAUAUUUGGAUGAAGAAUGGUAAAAAGGUCUAGAAACUAUCAACUAUCUCGUCAUCUUUAACAAAGAAGCAAAAUUCAUUUGACGCUCUGUUCACACAGUCCAUAGGAAAACAUUUCCAUGAUGUUCGUCAAUUGACCUCGUUUUUAUCCGUUUUUGUGUGAAAACAUGAAUGAAAGAAAACGCAGGACCGUAGCAUGAUUUCAAAAUCAUGCAUGGUUUCAAGGUCUGCAUGCAUUUCAUCAUGACCUUUAACAAUAUUAAGCUUUAUUAAUUUUAAGCGGCUACAUUAUCCAUGACAAACUGCAAAGAAUGAAGAUAGUACCCACAGUUUCCUGCAACAUAUCCUAGUUAUCCAAUAUAUAGAUACGCGUUCGCCCAUUUAGUACUACCAAAUUGUCAAUUUCGACAUAUUAAAACGCUGUUUUCUGACCAUCAGAAUUCUGUCAAAUCUUCCCCAAAGUCCAGGAAAUGGCAUUUCAGAGACUCUAGAUUUAAAAAUUUCCUCGGGUCUUCAGCCCUCGCUUUCAGCCCCCCAAUCAAAAAGAGCUUCCUACGGCCCUGAAACGCUACGGAAACGACACCGUGUGGAUUAUUAAUAGUUAGGAUGAGGGGUCGAAAAAUUUUUCAGUAAAAAAAAUAGGGGGUCAUAAUUUUUUAUCAACUUUUCUCUUGGGGGUUCCAAGUUUUAGCAUGGAAUUAGACAUCAGUUCCUCCGGCCCACCCCCCCCAGCUAAAAAAUGAAUGCUCCCUAAGAGUUAUAUAUUCCAGCAAUGAAUCACAAACUGCCCCCAGAAUUCUUGCAGAUCACAACAUGCUGAGAGAAACCCAACAAAAGAAUCUGCACAGACAGAUGUUCAUAGUUGUGAGAAGAUGUGUCUCCUUGUUAGUUAUAAGAGUGUGUGAGACACCACAACGACGAAAAUUUUUUUGUGGAGACUAAAUAGUUUGGAGCUUAAUAUAUCGCCAUAUAUACAUAUUUAUGUUAUGUAUCUCAAGAUGGUUCUCAAAUAACCUUUUAAUUCACGCCAAUCAACACCAAUCAGGUUCAUCAGGGAUGUGUUUAAGAGUAGCAGCUUGAAAGCCACAUGAAUCAGGAUUGUCAUGAAUUGGUACGUGGUCAAUUGCGUACUCUUCAAGUUAGGUAAAGAAAGUGUUUUCAGCAAUGUGCUGUGUACACCCUUUUUAAUUCCAAACUGAACUUUGAGAGGCAAUGCUAGAGAGUCGAGCAUCAUACUGUACGUUGCAGAUACAUAAUAUACUGUACAUUGCGUUUUACGCCAAUGUCAAUGACCUAGCAGACAUCGUAACUUCAUCCUCUGCCACGCCCCCCGCCAAUACCUGCUGAAGUGAGACACUAGGUCUAGGAACGAGGUUGUGCCUCGGGACGACACCAAACUGCACAACAGGAUAUAUACAACGUGGAAGCGUAAUCUUCAACUUCUAAUAUGUCAUUCAAUAAGAGAAUAUGCAAGGUCCAAAACAUAUCAAGGAAAGGAAAACCAGUCAUGACUGUUGAAGUUGUUGACUUCAUCUUUCACAGGCAAAACACAACACGAACAUUGCAACCACGGAAGAAACCUUGGAGUGUGGUUAUCCUAUGUCUAUGAUUUGUCACGGAAGAAGCAAGUUCAAUUACACACCAGAUCUUUGGUUAUAGGAAAAGAACGACUAAAUAUGUAAACGCAAUUACCACUAGACGAACGAUUUAUUUGGCUAUUGUUCUUCCGCGUCUCGGAUAUGCUAUGCAGGUUUGGGCCCCACAAACAGUAGAACUUCUGAAAGAUGUUGAAAUAAUUCGGAGACGUGCCACAAAGUAUAUCCGUAUUCCUUAAUCUGCCAUUUCGUUGCAUGCGAACUCACAUACCCGUACCAGGAAAGACUAAUUCAAGUUAAUUUAAUUCCGCUAACUUACUGUCAUGAGUACUUGGACAUGGUAUUCUUCUUCAAGAUCAUCAAUGGCUUCACUUCUCGGGAUAAACCCUUUUUGCCCAUGACUAAGAAAUGUACGAGACUUACAACAUCCUCCAGUACAAUCGAUAAUUACAGUACUGUACAUGCAAUUGUCGAAAAUGGACGUAUAAUAAACCAUACUUGAUACGAUCGACAAGGGCAUGGAAUGCGCUGCCAAAUGAAAUCCCACGCAAAUCAACAAACUUUCAAAGCAAUGCUAAACGAUUAUUAUACCACUCGACCCUAGUCGCAACUUACGAUCCUGACGAUGCGCGCACAUGGAAAACAGUCUGUGUCGAGGCCAACUCGGCUCACAGUUUGCUUGUUCCUCCAUCUUGACUCUUGUUGUUACCAAAUCUCUCCCGGAGAAUUAAUGAACAUAUAACAUGUGACUGAUUGUUUGUUCUGCCGUUUCUAUAUUUGUUAGUUCGUUUGUUUGAUUCUUUGUCGUAAGUUGUUCGUUUCAGUCUGUAUUCCACCAUAUAUGUUUGUGAACUUCUCUAGUGUAAAUAAUGACUGUAUGUUAACAUGUAACAUAAGUUUAAUAUGGAUCUGCAGUAAUUGGCCUCAGUUGUUGUGGUAUUCCUACCUUUGCAUGUAUAAUAAUUAUAAUAUAUUUGUACGUAUAGCAGAUUAAUCAUUCAAAGCAAAGUUAAAUAUUUGAUGGCAAGGAGUCGAGGCCAAGGCAGGCAGACAAUUGAGUGGCUUUUUGUCAUUGUGAACCGUCAAGUUAGACUUUCCAAGUUAGACUUUCCAAAAAAAGCAUGCAGCAGUGGCUAUUUUGGAAAGGCAUAUUAGAUCCAAGUUUUUUUUGCUUGGUGUGCAUCGCCAUUCCGUAUGUGAAAAGAGUCGAAGCCUAUGAACUACGGGUUGUCAUUGUCAUUGUCAUUGAACAUCACCGGUAUUAUUCAGAUUUGUUGAGUAACGCGGCACCAAGUCCAUAUUCUGAAGCAUCAGCUGCUUGAAUUACUUCAGGAACGUGGACAGGAGUGGAGGCUUUAACUUUAAUAACUUUAUUGGAACCGCAAUAUAACGGAAAAAUUCCAACAAAAGGCCCAAAAAGGGAAGAAAUGCGAACGGGACGGUAACUACGACCUAUGCAAAACGGCCCUUGCAACAAAUACAGGGUGAGUAAAAAAAACUGAUACCUUCGCGGCUAAUUUGAAUAACAAAGGUGUCAGUUUUUUUACUCACCCUGUAUAGAAAAUAUGGACACAUUGAAACAUUGUACAAUAUAUCACAUGCAGUACAACACACAACACACAACAAAAGCAGAAAAAUCAGACAGAAGCGAAUGAUGAAUAGUAGAAUGAUUCUACUAUUCUAAUAGUAGCAUGAAGAGAAGAUAUGCAUGGAGGCUAUAUAGUUGGUUAGCUUGAUUAAAUAAUGGAUAAUGAUGGGUAACCAGCCAUUCUCAAACAGCAAUAACAAUGUUCAUAAUGAGAUAUGAAUAUGAUUAAAGUUACAAGAAAAAAGAAGCACCCGGCAAUACAUUGGGAAUCCAUUGUGAGAGCAAGAAUUGUUACUGAUUAAUUGACAGCAAAUAAUCAUGAGCUUGAGAUUUGGCUCGAUUUUUUUACUCUGAGGCGAUGAGAUUUUUUUUUACUACGAAAGGGAUGAAAUUUUCUGCAAUUUUUAAUGAUUUUAUAUAAUUAGGAUUUUUUUUGGAUUUUCGAGAUUUUAUAAGUUCGGGCUGUAAAAAUUGUUUGAAAUAAAUGUCACAGUUUUUUUUUGUCCUUGAUGUUUUCUUAUCGUUCUGCUGGACAAAUUUAAUUGUUGUAUUACAGACAUUAACUAGUAAGACCUCACCUACCUUAAAGACCUCACCUACCAUAUGCAGAGGCGCCGGAAUAUCGGGGGGGGGCGGAUAUUCAUAUAUUCGUGUUCUGCCCAAUUAAUUUCUUUUGAAAUGGAUUGUUUUUACAGUCUGUGAACACGAAUAUAUGAAUAUCUGCCCCCGCUAUUAUCGAUAUUCCGGCGCCUCUGACCAUAUGACUCUUUAGACUUUAUGAGUUUGACACUAUUUUAAAAAAAUUGAAUAGUUAUGAUUCACUUAUCAAUAUCCUGAUGACGAGUAGGAAAAUGUUGUAUCCAAACAUGAAUUUGUGAUUCAUAUCAGUUCUGUACUAUACCUACUAAUCUGAGUUAUAUCUUAUAUUACAUAACGAUAUAAUGUUAUUUAUAUUACAUUUAUUGUGCAGCACAAUGAACAAUUUUUUUAUCAUUUCAGCUGUGAAGGAGGUGUAAAUGCACCAAAGUUAUGCCCAAGCGGAACUUACUAUGAUUUAACUGGUGCAGAUAAUGCUACGUUAUGUAAGGUAAGCGUCGUGACCGCACUACAUAGUAUUUAAAUUAGUAAACGAAUGAAUUUCGGGUAGUUUUGGACUUUUGGGGCUUCUGGUAUCUCUAUCACCUAAUGCUGGUAUUUCUAUCACCUAAUUCUUCUCUACCUGUCCAUGCCGAAGAGAUGGAUGGACACUCAUUCUGUUUUUCGUUGUUCUCUAAUUUAAUGUGUCAUUCUUUCUUGUCUCACACAGACAUGCAAUCUCAGUACAACUGUUUCUGCAUGGCCUUCUAUCUGUGCCCCUUGUCCAGCUGGUUUUAACUGCUCUCAGACUGGACCUCCAACAUUAUGUGGAAAAGGAAAAUAUUCAAUUGCUGGAAAUGGUUCUUGUCAAGAUUGUCCAUCUGGAUAUGUUUGUCCUACUCCUUCAGAACUUCCCAAGGUAAAUACCAAGAAGGCAAGAUACUUCUGAGUUUAGUUCAACCUCGGCUUCGGCUGGGAACGUCAAGUGUUUGGCUUGCGAAGAUGACGCCCUACAGUUUACUAGAAAAUGGAAGAUCCGAUUUAGACCCAAUUUUUCAACAAUUCCUAUAUGUUAAAAGACAAAGAAAGUCCGAUUAGGAAAAUAAUAACUACUGAGUUGGAUUUUUUCGCACCUGCCUGUAGAUCUGGCCGGAUCUGUUGAACCGGUAGGAUUCCUGCGAAUAGAUAAUUAGUUUUACGCAAUAGAUCUUGUGCAUAAUGACGUCACAAGGCUUGAUGCGCGUCCCAACUGCCGUUGCUAUGGCAAUAAUGUCGCUUCAAUAUGGCCGAUAUUUUGGUUUUAUUUAACUUGAAAAUAAGGUCGGUUACACCUUUAUUUUAUUUCAUAAAAAGAGUUCGUUUAGUAUUUUGAAUCAUUCUUUUGAUUUUUUAAAAAUUCUGUCAUGCGAAAAAAAUUGUUACGACUUAUUACAUUUUUAGAUCUUGAAAAAUUUUGGCAUGACAGAAUUUUUUAAAAUCACGAAAAUGAUUUAACAUAUUAAAAUAAAUCAUGUUAUAAAAUAAAAAAAUGGGGCUCACCGACCAAAAAUAUCUGCCAUACUGAAACAUUGUUGCCAUAGAAGCGGCUGUUAGGAGUAAAUUUUUACAAACUCCUUAGUUAUUGUUUUAUCCAAGUCAGAUACUCUUUAUUUUUCAACAAAUAAUUAUUGUCCAGAAGUUCAUGUCCAAAUCAGAAAAUCUUCCAUUUUUUGAAAAGUGUAGGUAGCCACCUUAAGUUUGUUUCGUUUACACCAAUCUACGCAUGGUGCUAUGGAUUUUUUUUUCAGUUGACCAACCAAUUACAUAUUAUACAUCUCAAUGAGCGUACAGUUAAACGUCCUUAACCACGAAGAUGGUUGACGGUUGGUCGGUUGGCCUGCAUGCAACCAGUUUCUCUGCAGCUGCUAGUUUCAAUGCUACACUUUACAUAGUCCAUAAGAACUUUUUGCGAAUUUUCCUCCCAGAUACAAACUAAAACAUCUUCGUGUUAAUAAAUAGGUUUGUCCUGGAGGUUUUGAACCAAGUGUUGACAGUUUUCAGUGUGUUCCAUGCUCUGCUGGACAGUAUGCUUACAAUGGUAGUAUGGUUUGCCAAGAUUGUGCUAAUGGUACUUACAGUAUACAGGCUUCUACCACAUGUACACUUUGUCCACCUGGAUUCAGGUAUGCGAAACCUUUAGUAUUGUAAGAUUAACUUCGAUUCGUGAUUUAUGUCUUAACAGCUGGUACAGGACGGUACAGGUACACUGUACGGCUACUGGCACGUGUUUUUGAGUUUCAGUUUGAAUAUGGUAAUAUGUGACCUAAUAUUAAACAUAAAAAUGGUUAUAAGCACUCAAAUAUUUUGCAUCAAAAGCACUGGGCAAACUAACACUUCGUGUUCAUUCCCUCUCCAACCAAGGACUCCAUCAAAGCAGGCGCAUUCUGCAAAAGCAAUAUGGCAAAUUGGCAAUACCAAUUUUGUACCCAGAGUAUUCCCGUUCGCACAUUAAACUGUGAUCCUACAUAAUGAAGUUACGUAAUAACCCAGUAAAUGAACGGGAAUUGGAAGCAAGAUUUGUCCUAGGACGCAUUUUAUCCAUAAGUGCACGAAGUAUUUACGUGACGACCAUGAGGUAUAGACAAAAAACUACUGUGUGAUUGGUAACAACGACGAAACAUACAGUACGAACUUUUAUUAAAGUGAGAUGUAUACAGCAUUUCUGAUUUUAAGAAAUACAAUGUACUACGUUUCUUUUUGCAGUUGUCAAAAUAAAAGCGCCAGUCCAGUGCCAUGCUCAGCUGGUGAAUACACUCCUGGUGGUGAAAUGUCCUGCAGUGAUUGUCCGAAAGGAUUUUACUGUCCAAAAAAUGAAUUGUCUUCUCCAAUUGCGUGUCCAAAUGGCACAUACAGUGUAUCAACAGGGGCAGUCAAAUGUCUAGAAUGUCCUCCUGGAAUGAAGUGUUUGUAUGGUGACAAGUCGCCUCUAGAAUGUAACAAUGGUACAUACAGUACCGGAGGUUCUGUGCAAUGUACACCAUGUCCAACUGGUUACAGGUAUUGUAUAGUUUAUACUGUAAGAAAGAUAUUGAAAAUUAUUUUAUGAUUGAGUCAGUUUUCUUUGAUCGGACUGUAUAUAGCUUAAAGCCCUUUGAAUAUCAAUUAUAGAAAAAUCUAGCUAAAUCUUUGCCAAAGGUGAACUAAAUGGACAAAAAUUGUUGGAAAACCUGCUCAAUAAUGAAAUAAGAUAACAAACAUCAGGAUGUAUGCUUUAUACAACAUACAUCCCUGGUUCUGAGUAUUUGUCAGUAAAGUAGUAAAGUAGUAAAUUUGUAGUAUUUAGUAUUUCCAUGUUUAAUACCGAACAGUGUUUCAUUUUUAUAGACACAAUUAAGUUAUCGCCGAGGUGUAAAUUUAUUUACAAUAAUUAACAUAAAUUUAACAUCGUCCUCCAACUAUACUACUUAAUAUGCCCUUCAAAUUUGGAUAGCUACUUGGACGGCAACCCAUAUACAGUUUUGGGUUCCUAUUUACAAUAUUUGGUGAUUCCAGGUUCAGACUCAAUAUUAUCGAUAAGGCGGAAUUGUUUAAAGAACCGAGAAUUUUGCAAACAGCAAAUCUCUAAGGGAGCAUUUAAAAUAUUGCGCAAGAAGUCAAGAGACAUGGAGAUGACCAUUUUCAAUAUUGUGUGCUGGCAACAACUGAACAAACAAACUUCUAUUUUAAUUUUUUCUAGUUGUGUAAAUAAAUCCGCAGCUCCAAUUCCUUGUGAAUCAGGAUAUUAUUCUCCCAGUGGGGUGAUGGCAUGUGAAAAGUGUCCUCUUGGUCACAUGUGUCCUAAGGUGGAAUCAACGAGUCUUCCUAUUCUUUGUAUAAAUGGCACAUAUUCCAACAUCACUGCAUCUACUGACUGCAAAGUUUGUCCUGCUGGAUAUUCAUGUCUUGAUCCUCGUCAAACGCCUGUCUCGUGUAUUGAAGGAUUUUAUAGUCCCUCAGGAAUACCACAAUGUUUGCUUUGUCUUCAAGGUCACAGGUAAGUAUUCAUACAUUGCUACUCACAAUGGCAAUCACCUUUUGACUGUUUGGGAAAAGCACCCAUUGAUGCACAAUUGGUAAUUUUUUGGUCACAUCUCUUCCAUAUCGCAAAGCACAGAAGGGUUCCUUCAUAUAGUGUUCCUUCAUAUACUGUAGUAAGUCAAUGUCUGGUAUGGAAAGACUGGUAUUCUAAUAAACGCCCUGAGCGUUUAUUUAAAUAAUGACUUCGGAAGGGGACGUUGAUAAGAUAGAGGCGUAAAUCAUAAGAGAGUGGAGUUUAUUUCAAAAGUUCAUAUAAUAUUUAUGGGGGGGGGGGCGUUUAUAGCCAGCAGAGCUUUGGCCGUAUUUCUGGGGGGAGCUUGAGGGCGGACCAGAGUGAAAUACGGCCAGCUAACAUUCUAGAUUCUAUGCUUUUUUGUAUUACGCCCACAAAGUUGUUUAUUUAAGAGAACCAAUCACAAUGUGGGCUAUAAAUAGUGAGAAACUAAAAAUAGCGUGAGAAACUUCGCAUUGACAUUGUUUACAAAUGUAACAUGUUGCAAUUUAUAAGUAAACUGAGUGGUUAAAUUAUAUUUAUUGUAUUGAAACGUUGACCACAAAUGUUCCGAACUUCGUUGCGAAGUUUGCAAGUUCAUAUUGGAAUUCACAAGCCAAUUUGGUCCCUGAAGUAAAAGAAGCCAAUCAAAUGCGUCGUUUACAAAUUGGUUUGUGAAUCUCAUUAUGAACCGUUUGAACUUCGCAACGAACUUGCGAACUUCGCAACGAGGUUCGGAACAUUUGUGUUCAAAGUUUUGUGAAAUCGACUGUAACAUGUCUUCCAAAAAUACUCCAAAGAAACUCGCAAAACCAAAGCUUUCGAGAACAAUGCUGAACAAGCGCACUUCCAUCGAGCGUAGCCAUAUUUCCAUUAUUGAUUAAUAUUCGACCUGUCAAUCAAAGCGGCUCUCCAGCCAAUAGGAAUUUUGCGUCGCUCAGACGACUAAAAAAUACAAAAAAGCAUAGAGUGUUGGCUGGCCGUAUUUCACUCUGGUCCGCCCUCAAGCUUCCCCCGGAAAUACGGCCAAAGCUCUGCUGGCUAGGGCGUUUAAUACAAAUUUUUGCAAGUUGAAGGGGGCGUUUGUUGGAGUGGGGAAUUUAUUAGGUAUUAUGCGCCUAUUAGAAUUAUAUACGGUAUAUACGCAUUUUUGAGAGAGGAAUUACUUUGUAUUAAACAUCCCGAAGAGUACAGUCUGCUUCAUACAAAUACAUUGCUGGAACUUAAAAUUUGGAGUAAUAAUCACAGCAGCCACUCAAUCUGAAUAGUUGCUACCUACGCCGCCGACGCUGGACCCCUAGGUUGUAGAUUUUCAUUGUAUAUUUUGUUUGUUGAUAGCUGUUCCGAUGGUUCAAAACCUCCCAGUAUUUGCCUAAAAGGAACAUAUUCUACUGCUGGAAAAACAGCAUGUACUAACUGUUCGAAAGGCUUCAAGUGUCCAUCUGAUGGUAUGGAUACUCAGACUGCUUGUGGAAAUGCAACGUAUGCUAAUCAACCAAUGUCUGUUGAAUGUCAAACUUGCCCGGCUGGUUAUGCCUGCGCUAGAUCUGAUCAAGAUCCUGUAGAGUGUAAGAAUGGAACAUACAGUCUGGAAGGAUCGUCUGAAUGUGACAUUUGUCCUGCUGGACACAGGUAAGCUCUAUAAGAUAUAUCUGUAUACGUAGAUUGUGCCGCGAAAUAUUCGUUUCAAAUUUGGACCUUUCAAGUGUUGCAAAGUCAGCUGUAGUACAUAUACGGACAAACCGAUCUGGUCUUUUGAGGGUGUGUGAGUACUGUGAGGGUGUGCGAGGUGAUAUGAGGAUGCUGAACAUAUUCUAAUGAAACAAAGUCAACUGAAUGUGAAACAUGUCCAGCUGGAUUUUCUUGUCCAAAUGUUGAUGAAACUCCAGUGGAAUGUAAGAGUGGAUAUUAUUGUCUGGGAGCAACAACACAAUGUAUAAUGCAUCCGCCAUAGUGUGGCUUUUAGUUGUUAUUGUUGUUAGUAAAGAUCACAUGCGCCUGCGAUCUUGUUCGCGCCUAGGCGACCUUUACUUCAUGUUAGUAUACUCUUGUGGCUUGUCUUGGCCUCGUUGUUGUUUUAUUCAUAACAUAGUAUUAAAGACUACCAUUUAAAGUCGUCGUUUUAGCUUCGCUGUCGAGUGCCCUCCUAAACAUUGGCGUGGUGGCAGCUUCACGGAUUAUAAAGAACCCGUAACGUACGAAAAGUGUACAUCAAAGCAUAAAUAA